AUGGCAGCACAGUCACUCAAUGAGUCAGAGUUACCAUCAGAACUCAACAAUGAAGGAUACUGUGAUUUUAACAGCAGGCCAAAUGAGAACUCUUACUGCUAUCAGCUCCUGCAAGAGCUCAACGAGCAGAGGAAGAAAGGCAUUCUUUGUGAUGUUAAUAUUGUGGUGAGUGGGAGGGUCUUCAGAGCUCACAAGAACAUCCUGGUUGCAGGCAGCCGCUUCUUUAAGACUCUGUAUUGCUUUACAAACAAAGAAAGCCGUAACCAAACCACUGUUACCUAUUUAGACGUUGUUGCUGUUCAAGGUUUUUCUGUCAUCUUGGACUUCUUAUAUUCUGGUAACCUCGUGCUUACGAGCCAAAAUGCCAUUGAAGUGAUGUCGGUGGCCAGCUACCUUCAGAUGACGGAGGUUGUCCAGUCCUGCCGCAACUUCAUUAAAGAUGCCUUAAACAUAAGUAUAAAAUCAGAAGCUCCAGAGACCGUUGUCGUGGAUUACAACAGAAGAUCUGUUAGCAGGGAUGGCUUGUCUCCAAGGGAUCAGAAAGUUGCCAGCUUCUGGGCAACACGAAACCUUACCAACUUGGCAAGUAGCAUAAAAACUGAGAAUGAUGGUUACUCUAUUGACGAGGGCCAAAUGGAAAGCUACCAAAUGAAUGACUGCAGUUGGGUCCAGGACAGCUCACCUGAAAUGGCAGAAAAUGAAUCUCAAGGUGAGGGAAAAGUUUUCGUAUGGAAUGACAUGGGCGCACAGGGACAAUCAGUUCAAGAACCUGGAAAAGCAAGAAGGAAAAACCAAACUGCAAAGAGGUUUAUUUAUAAUAUACCACCUAAUACUGAAGAGAACUCAGAAGAUUGCUCAGUGUUGCAACCAUCAGUCCCGUAUCCAGAAGAAGAUUUGUCAUUUAUUAAAGAAGAAGCAGGUACUUCAAGUGACUUCAAGUACGGACUGCUGCCGAGUACUUCAAGUGACUUCAAGUACGGACUGCUGCCGGGUGCUUCAAGUGACUUCAAGUACGGACUGCUGCCGGGUGCUUCAAGUGACUUCAAGUACGGACUGCUGCCAGAAUCUUGGACAAAAGAAGCCUGGGAAAAUGGCGAUUCCUCUGCUUUAAUCAUGAACAAGUUGAAGUGUCCACACUGUAAUUAUGUAGCCAAAUACAGAAGAACACUAAAGAGACACUUGCUCAUUCACACAGGCGUGAGAUCUUUCAGUUGUGACAUCUGUGGGAAGCUGUUUACUCGAAGAGAGCAUGUAAAGAGACAUUCCUUGGUGCAUAAAAAGGAUAAAAAGUAUAAAUGUAUGGUGUGUAAGAAGAUUUUCAUGCUAGCAGCCAGCGUUGGAAUAAGACAUGGAUCACGACGUUAUGGAGUUUGUGUAGACUGUGCAGAUAAAUCUCAACCUGGAGGGCAAGAGGGAGCAGACCAGGUGCAGGACACAGAUUUCCCUAGGGAUGAAGAAUAUGAGGAAAAUGAAGUGGGAGAAGGUGAUGAGGAGCUUGGUGAUGAUGUAGAAGAACAGAAUGACCAGUCUCGAUGGGAUGAAUCUGGGGAAGUUUGUAUGCCUUUAGAUGACUGACAGAGCAUAUGACUUCAGGGUGCCACAGAUGGACACUAUAUGGAUUGACUUUGAAUUUUUGGACUGAAGGCUUGCAAAAUAUGGUACAGGCUGGAUGGUAGUUAUGUUGCUGUGAAAAAUGUAGGGUCAAAGCCUUAUAGCAAAAAAGGAUUAUUAAUUUUUUUAUGAUAUUUGCACAGGACUGUACAGCAUACAACCAUUUGGUUGAAUUAUACAGAGUCCUCACAUCUACAGUCAGUUAUCAAAAGAAAAAUGUAUUUUUUAUUAUUUAUAGGAUAUAGCUACUUGGGUCCUAUUCAGACAUAGUAGUAACUGUACUUAUGUUACACAUUCAUGUAUCUGUUAACAUGAAUGAAGAAAAUUAAAACUUGGUAUGGAAAUGCAAAGACAGCUUUCCCAAAUGUACUCGUACUUUGUCAGUGAAACAGUGAAGCUAAUUUGGGCUAGUGGCUCUUGUUUCCACAAGCAUGUCUUUGCCAUGCAAACCCUUACCUCUCCCGUACUCUUGAUAGGUGAAAGCUAAACAUUUAAAUAUGCAUCGCAGAUAAUGCCAACACCGUAUUGAAAUUUGGUUUUAAAACUUUUGGCUCUAUGCUGGCAGGUGGUAUAGGUGAUAAGCACUGGAGAAGUUAAUAAUGGCAUUAAUGUAGGGUCUGUUUCUUCGCAGUUUUGAAUUGUCAAGAAGGUUGUUACUGAUUGAUCAGUUCCAAAAUGAUCCUGUAGAAGAAAUGACCAAUAAUGAAAAUAAUGAACUGAUCAGAGCAUGGGUAACUCUUCUGCCACUUAGUCAAAAGAGAUAGUCAUGCUAAAGAUACCUGAUGUUACAAUGUUUGCUCCCUUCUCUAAGGCCCCCCUCGUCAAACUUUUUGACUUCCCUGGUGUAUACCUCAGUCCCACAGAAUAAAAAUACAUGGAAUGGAGAAAGUGUCAUAUUAAACAACUUUUUGGUUGAUAAUUUCUUACUUGUCCGGUUUUUGGCUAGUUUACGUGAUGUGAAUUGGACACUAGGCUAUUGUGCCCAUCGUUCGUCAUUAAAUGAACACAAACUAUUUUUUAUUCUUUUGUACUUAAUGGGUUGUUGCUAGUGUUUAAUAUAAACCAAUUACAUUUGUUGACUUUAAUUUGCUGGAAUUGUUUUUAAAAAAAAACCAAACAAAAAGUCCAAAGCAAAAUAAUGCUGAGUUGUCUACUUUUCAGGAUUAUAUGCUCCCUACGCUCUUAAUUUCAAAUUUUCUAGGAGGCAUUGAAACUUGAAUUUUUGUAGCCAUGUGUAUUUUUUUCCUAAGCUUGUAAUAUUGUACCAAUGAUUUCAGGCCUCUUUCAUAGGGAGGGGAGGGCGUUACACCUUCAUCUUAAACUCCUCUGUGUUGUCUAGCCUAAGGUAAAUUAAUUCAAGCAAUCAUUGGAACGAUACAUCUGAUAUACUAUUAUGUCACAACAAGUAAAUAUGCAGAGCAUUUAUCAUGACACAUAGCUAGGCCAGUGUGACAGUACUGUAUAAAAAUCAAUUGAAGGUCACCAUAUUUUUCAGCUUUGUUUAAUUUUAAAAUGAGUAUAUUUUUUUCCUAUUUUAUAUCAGGUAACUAAAUUAUGCUAGUUGUGUGGAUAACUUUGAACUAUGCUUUGACGGACAGAAUCUUAAUGGUGCUCCAUCUGAUCAAAGUUGGUAUGUAUUUAAAGAGACAAGCUUUACUGUUGUCCUUUACAUCAGUAGAACAGUAACAUAAUGUUAAGACAUUGGUUUUGCUGAUUGAAGGUGAGAUAAGUUUGAACUACAGUUAUAUGGGAAUUAAAAUGCUUUUUUUUAUCGUCCACUUGUUUCAUUGGUAGUUUCCACAUCAUUGUAAACCUGACAGAUGAUUAAUUUUUUGGGGGGAGGGUGGGGUGGGUGGGAUGCCUUUUUUACACUGAAGGAUACAUCAUAUUCUCAUUGUUCUAGACUGAAAUGAGUAAUGUGUAAUUCUGGUGGGGUCCAAAGUAGAAAUUAGUUGGGCAAAGAUGAUAUGAAUGAAAAAGUAUUUUAAACGUUAAAGUAAUGUUCUGCUUUGUGAAUAUGUAAGUAUAGCAUAAAGAUUUUUCCAUCCCAUUUAUCCCCUUUAAAACCAUAGUUUACAAUUGGUAGAUCUGUCUAUAUAUAAAUAUAUAUAUAUAUCUGAAAUUCACCUAAAUCUGCUUUAUUAGAAUACUGCUCACUUAAUGCUUAGAAACUGGACCUGGCUCUACAUUCUUAAUGUAUUUUCCUUUUUUUUUGUUUGUUUGGUUUUUUUGUUUUUUUUUUCUCAAGGUAUGAAUUUAUUCUCUUGGAACUGAAUCUUCUUUUACUACUUAAUCAUUUAUGUAUAUCUGGUAACUUAUGACCAAAUUUGUUGUUAGACUGCAUACAGUAAAUUGAAAUAUACACUUGGUACACUACA